CAUUUUACAUCUGGUAGCACUGCCCUUUAGUCACAUUAAUUUGCCUAGCAUUCUGGAUAAUUCCGUCAAAAAUAAACCUCAUUUAGUGGGCAAGGAGUAAACAAUUGUAGGGGAAUCUCACCCUCAAUAAUUCCCAUUUUCGAUUACCGCUGAAUCAGCAAGAUGUCCGUGCGCCACGACUGGUACCAAUCGGAGACAAAGGUGGUCAUCACCGUGCUCCUGAAGAACGCCGCCGAUAAGAACUUCGCUGUGGAGAUUUCCGAGAAGCGAGUCCAUAUGACGGCGGAUGGCUAUGAGCUGGACCUGAAGCUGCUUCAUCCCAUUGUGGUGGAGCGGUCCUCCUACAAGGCCGUUCCCUCCAAAGUGGAAAUCACCCUGGCCAAGGAGACGGGUAUUCGCUGGGAGGAUCUAGAGGAAAAGGUCAUCGUGGCUGCGCCGGUGAAGCCCAAGGCCAAGAACUGGGACCAGCUGGUCAGCGAGGAGGAGAAGAUCGACGAGAAGGAGGCUAAGGGCGAGACGGCCCUCAACAACCUGUUCAAGAAGAUCUACAGCACAUCCUCGCCCGAGGUCCAAAAGGCCAUGAACAAGUCCUUCUCGGAAUCCGGAGGCACCGUGCUCAGCACCAACUGGAAUGAGGUGGGCAAGGAGAAAGUCACCGUGAAGCCUCCAGAUGGAACCGAGUUCCGCGAAUGGGAGAAGUAGGCCAAAUAUCCAUAGUCCUUGUAUUUAUAACCAGCGAGAGAGAUUAACAGAGAAUAAUAACUAUAAUAUUCAUAUAUUUUGGGCAUUGUUGACUUGAAUUACCAAGUAAAGAGAGUACCCUAAGAAAAACAGUGGCAAUAAACGCAAAAACAGCACUA